AUUCACCCAGCUGAACAUAUCUGGCUUCCAUCCUCAGGACCUGGGUCAUCGACAUCUGUGGAUUCAGAAUGUUAUGUCGGGGAGAAGGAUUGUCGCAAAACUGGCGAGAAACGUCGAUGCGCUGCUUGCCAUGUAGUAGCUCACACUUCGUGCUUUCCGCUUUUGGUUAAGCUGAAUCUGAACUGCAAAAUUACGUUCCACGAUCACACUGUAAGGAAGCAGAUGCUCAAGGAAUCGAUCGAUAGCCUCACAAUGCAUCAUUGGGUGCAUAAGUGGCGUCAUGAAGGCCGAUGCAGUCGAUGCGGUAAAUCUUUCCAGCAGAAAAUGUUCAAUUUUCAACAAAAGGAAAAGGAAACGAUGGCUGUCGCUUGCUCGUGGUGCAAAGAAUCCUAUCAUUUGAAGCACUGCUUUAAUCGCGAAAAACUCGAAGAAAGGUUAGAAAGUUCUCUCGACCUUACAGGCUGA